GUCACCAUGAAGUUCAACCCCUUCGUGACCUCGGACCGCAGCAAAAACUGCAAACGUCACUUCAAUGCCCCCUCCCACGUGCGCAGCAAGAUCAUGUCGUCUCCACUCUCCAAGGAGCUGCGACAGAAGUACAACGUUCACUCCAUGCCCAUCCGCAAGGACGACGAGGUCCAGGUGGUUCGAGGACACUACAGAGGUCAGCAAAUUGGCAAGGUAGUCCAGGUGUACAGAAAGGAAUAUGUCAUCUACAUCGAGCGGGUGCAGCGUGAGGCUAAUGGCACAACUGUCCACGUGGGCAUUCACCCAAGCAAGGUGGUUAUCACCAGGCUAAAACUGGACAAAUAUCAGAAAAAAAUUCUUGAACGCAAAGCCAAAUCUCGACAAGUUGGAAAAGAGAAAGGCAAAUAUAAGGAAGAACUUAUUGAGAAAAUGCAGGAAUGAAUAUAACCUUUUGUGCAACCACGGUUUAUCUGUAGAUUCUUUUGCCUGGUGUGUAUUCCUUUGAAACUUUUCAAGGUGUCUCUGGAACGUUUCAUUUCCUUCCUGUUUCGUUAUUGAUAU